AUGGACUCUUUAAAGUUACCAACUACUGCUGCUCAAGCCAAGGCAUUCACUGCUCCAAAUUCAUUAUUAUUCCCUAAAGGUAUAGAUGGUGAAAAGAAAGAACAAGAUGGUUCUGAAGGCAUAGUUAAAAAAGAACCAACUGAAGAUGUAAUUGAACCAAAGCAAGAUGAAGAUGAUGGUGCUACAUCCGGUAUUGUUCCAACAUUACAAAAUAUCGUUGCUACUGUCAAUUUAGAUUGUCGUUUAGAUUUGAAAACUAUUGCGUUACAUGCCCGUAAUGCCGAAUAUAAUCCAAAACGUUUUGCUGCCGUCAUUAUGAGAAUCAGAGAUCCAAAAACUACCGCAUUAAUCUUUGCUUCUGGUAAGAUGGUUGUUACUGGUGCAAAAUCUGAAGAUGAUUCCAAAUUAGCUUCAAGAAAAUAUGCCAGAAUUAUUCAAAAACUAGGAUUCAAUGCCAAAUUUACUGAUUUUAAGAUUCAAAAUAUUGUGGGAUCAUGUGAUGUUAAAUUCCCAAUUAGAUUGGAAGGAUUGGCAUUUUCACAUGGUACUUUCUCGUCAUAUGAACCUGAAUUAUUCCCAGGGUUGAUUUAUAGAAUGGUUAAACCUAAGAUUGUGUUGUUGAUUUUCGUAUCGGGUAAGAUUGUUUUAACUGGUGCAAAACAAAGAGAAGAGAUUUAUGCAGCUUUUGAAGCUAUUUAUCCGGUGUUGAGUGAAUUCCGAAAAUCAUAA